AUGGAAGGUGCUCAAUCGGAAGGAGCAGCCCCCCGCGUGGCAGUUGCUGCGUCGUCGGAGCUCGCGGCAGGGGAGGCGAAUGGCGGAGAUGCACGCGCCGAUGGCGGAGCUUUGAGCGCGGAUAACGGCGCGCGCGGGGAAGACGAGAAGGGGGGAGGUGGAGAGAGAGACGAAAGCAGAGUAGAAAAGAAAAGCAGAGAGGGAGGGAGCGACAAACGUGAUGGAGAAGGAGAAAAGCGGGAUGGCGGAGAAAAGCGAGAAGGCGGAAAAGGGGCGGAAGACCGAGAAGGAGGGGAAGAGAAAGAGGGAUUAAGCAGCGGCAAGGUAUCGGUUAACGCUACUAACGGGGAAACAAGCGCGCAGGACGCCAAACCAGAAUCGAAUAACGUUAUUAACGGGGACGCGAGCGCGCAGGAUGGCAAGCCGCUGUCGAAGAACGCGCAGAAGAAGCUAGCGAAGCGGCAGGCGAUGCAGGAGCGCAAGGAGCGCACGCGCGAGGAGGCGCGGAUCGCGCGCGAGGCGCAGCAGAAGCGCGCGGAGCAGGAGGCGGCGGCCGCGGAGGCGAGCAUGACGCCAGAGGAGCGCGCGGAGGCCGCCGUGCGGCAGCGCGAGAAGGCGGAGGCGCGGCGCGUGGCGGAGGCGGAGAGGCGGAAGGCUUGGGCGGAGAAGGCGGAAAAGGGUCCGGGGCUGAUCAUUGAUCUAGAGUUUGAAGAGCUGAUGGGGGAGAGGGAGUUGUCUAGCCUGCAGCAGCAGGUCAUGUUCUCCUAUGCCCUGAACCACCGCGCCCCAUCCCCUUGCCGCCUCACCCUCUCCGGUCUCCCCCCAGCCAGCCCCUUCCUGCUCCGCCUGCAGCGAAUCGCCGGCUUCGACAGCUGGCACGGCGUGACUGUAGAACCGCGUUCUUAUAUUGAAGCCUGGGCGGGCAGGGAGGGGGAGCUGGUGUAUUUGACAGCGGAUGCGGAGGAGGAGGUGGGGGAGGUGGAAGCGGGGAAGGUGUAUGUGGUGGGGGGGAUAGUGGAUCACAAUCGGUACAAGGGGCUGACUAAGGGGAAGGCGGAGAAGCAGGGGAUUAAGACGGCGAGGUUGCCGAUUGGGAAAUACCUCAACUUGAAGACUUCCAAGGCUGGCACGGAUGACUCGGCGCGCUUCACGAGCUUCGAGCGCGAGCAGGAGGGCAAUGAUGCGGAGGAAAGGCGGCGGACGGCAGCUGGGCGGCAGGCCGGUGGGCGGCCGGGCGUGUCGUUUUCUGCAGCUGGCCGGAACGGCGACAACAGUUUUAACGGCGUGUUCCUGCUGCUUCUGCUGAACCUUCUGGCGUUCCUAGCGGAUCACUUUCUACGGCUCCCAGUGUGGUCAUCGCUCUAUCUGCAUCAUGCCUCUCCGCGCUGGUACCAGUUCGUCACCUCAACAUUCUGCCACGCUGGCUGGAGCCAUCUCUCAAGCAACCUCUUCUUCCUCUACAUAUUCGGUCGGCUAGUGGAGGAGGAGGAGGGAACGCUAGGCCUAUGGGUGACCUACCUCGUGACAGGGGCAGGCUCCAAUCUCGUAUCCUGGCUGCUCCUCCCAUCGUACACCGUCUCUGUCGGUGCUUCUGGUGCCGUCUUCGGCCUCUUCGUCGUCAGCGUCCUCACUCGGCUGCAGUGGAACUAA